AUGCAAACCGCAUACCCUGCCAAGACGCUGCCAGUGGAAACAACAAAUGCUGCUCUUUCUCUAAGCAUAGGCCAAGAAGGAAGCUUGGGUGAAGAAAAAGCUCUCUUUCUGCCUUCAGGCGGCACCUCGGGUAAAGUUUCGCCGGCCAUGAAUCAACCUGGCGAAAACUGCAGACAAUCUUUGUCCCCCCCACUUCCCAAUGAAAACCCUUGUGCUUUGGCCAGGUCGAAUAGCUCACUUCCACAGAAUCAGAUACAGACCCGCGAACAGGGGGUCCAGCCUGUCGUGCUUCACUGCAAGGACAUAAACUACUCAGUCGCUAUUCCACAAGACGGCACCUUCAUCUCCAGGGCAAUAAAGAGGCUGUGCGCUCGCAAAAAGCCAACUGCAGGCGAAGCCGAUGUCGAAGCUGACAAACGCCGAAAGCUUCGAAAGGAAAUAUUGUGUCUUGAUGGCAUAGAGCUUGUUUUCAACCCCGGAGAUUUUGUUGCUUUGAUGGGCAGCAGCGGCGCCGGCAAGUCAACUCUGUUGAACUGCCUGAGUGGCAGAGUCUCGACGGGUUUGCGAGGGGAAGUCGACAUGAACGGCAGGCCAUGUACACCACAGCUGUGCAAAGAACUCAGCUGUUUUAUUCAGCAAGAAGAUCUUAUUUUCGGAUACUUAACGGUGGAGGAGCAUCUGCACUUUCAAGCAUCUCUCCGCCUGCCUAAAGGAACCACAAAUGCAGAAGUGAAGCGUACAACAUCGUGUUUGUUGGAGUCGUUUGGUCUGGCACAUAUUUCAAAGUCAUUUAUUGGAGGCCCACACGAGGCUGCCCGAGGGUCGAUUUCGGGUGGCGAAAGGAAGCGGCUUUGCAUUGCAAGCGAGCUUUUGAGUAACCCAUCAGUAGUUUUUGCAGACGAGCCCACCAGUGGUUUGGAUUCCUUCAUGGCCAAAGCCGUCUGUGAUCAGUUGUAUACUCUGGCGGCCGCUGGUUGCACAGUUCUUUUAUUAGGAGAAGGCCGUGUUUUAUACUAUGGAGAUCGGCUGGCAGCGAUUGCCUGGCUGGAACAUUUGGGCGGUAAGCCCUGUGAAAUUGAUGCAAAUCCAGCGGAAUAUAUUUUGAAAGUGACAUCCCUUCAGCACCUUGACAUGACAGCAAAGACGAAGCGCCUACAUGAAUGGGCUGAAGCAUGGAAGCUCAACGGUCAAGCAUUCCUCAAAAACUGGGAAGAACAAGGAAGAGACAACUUCAAGCAGCGCAGCUGCACCUUUUCGUCCAUACUCGAGCCUGUGGGAGCUACAAACACCUACAGAGUUGAAGAAGCUGACGGGGAAGGGAUGCCUGUGGGCCAAGGAGAGGACUGCAGGGAAAACUGCUUCAGGGUCAGCAUUGAUGCCAACAAGAAUGGGAUUGCUGAUGCUGUUACGACUCAGCAAAGUGUCUUGAAUGCACUAACAUCUGUAGGAGCUACAAGAAAUGCCCGGAAGAGCAAACGUAUUUCACCCUUCACUGAGGCCUGGGUCCUGACAAAGCGAGGACUGCUUUUGCGACUGCGGGACCCAUCUACAUCGUACAUUCGUCUAGCCGCGACUUUAAUUACAGCGCUGUUACCCUCAUUCAUAUACUUUCAGAUGGGAUGGAACCUGGGAGAUGCCUGGAAUCGUGUCUCCGCAUGCUACCAAAUCGUAUUAACACAGUCUCUCGCAUGCCUUUUCAACGUUGCAAGCCUUUUUCCUCAAGCGCGGCCGGUGGCGCAAAGGGAGUAUGAGUCAGGUGUUAUUCGCAUGUGGGUGUAUUUUAUUGGAACGUCGACUAGUGACACUGUAUUAUUUCUGGUUUUCCCCCUCAUUUUUCACUUGAUUACAUUUUUUAUUAUGGGUUUGGCUUCCUCGGCCGCCAAAUUCUUCCAAUCUUUGGGCAUCUUGCUACUGUCAGUUCUAUCCCUCCAGUCAUACGGCUACUUUAUUUCUGCCGUUGUGACCGAUGAAGUCGUAGCACUCGCGGUGACGCAGGUCAUCCAAGUUGUCCUAGCCCUAUUUUCUGGAUUCAUGACACAGAUCGACCAGUUGAGCCCCUUUUUUAGAGUCCUUGCGGCGUUAUCGCCAUUCAAAUAUGCACUCUCGGCUUUUAGCGUUACGAUUCUUGAAAACGAGUACUUCAUUGGUGAGGAGGGAGAAAGAGUUUCGGGAGACGCCUUUCUCGAAGGAACAUUUGGAAUCAAAAGAGAAACAUUCGCUUCAGAUUUGGGAGCCCUGGUGGGGCUUAUCGUCGUGUAA